AUGCGAGGUCCCGCCCGCUUCUGCAGUUUCGUUCGCUUCUGUGGACAAGAGGUCCGCUUCUGCGGUAUCCAGUUGCACCCCUUCACUCCGCAUCUGCAGAGCAUGGCUUGCACCUGCGGGCUCGCAUAUGCUGAUAUCUUCACGCACCUGCGACCUAGCCCCAGGACAAGCCCCUUUCCGCUUCUGCGCCUUGCCAGCCGUACCUGCGGCAGUGCACCUGAAGGUGUUGUUCUUUUGUUCUGCAAAGGUGACUUCCACGCAGUCAUGUUAAUGCUAAGAGGACUAAAGACUUUUUCAGAGGCAUCAGGACUAACUACUAAUGUAGGAAAAUCAAACAUCUUCAGUGCGAACAUGAAUAUGCAACACUUGAAAGACUUGUGUGAGAUUACUGGUUACCAGAAAGGAAAGCUCUCAUUCAGGUACCUUGGAGUACUUAUUACAUCAAGAAAGAUAUCAGUUGUAGAUUGUGAAAUGUUGGUGGACAAAUUGACUGUUAAAGUUAGAGGGUGGGGAUCGAGAACACUAUCCUAUGCUGGUAGAGUGCAGCUGAUAAAUUCAGUACUGCUACACACUCAUGUGUACUGGGCAUCUAUUUUUAUACUACCUCGAGCAGUUCUUAAUAGGAUAACUUCUAUAUGUAGGAACUAUCUUUGGGAUGGGAAGGUGGACACUAAUAGAGUACCACUGAUAGCCUGGGAUUUUAUAUGUAGAUCGAAAAAGGAAGGAGGUCUAGGAGUUACAGAUUGUGUGAGUUGGAGUGAUGCUGCUAUAGGAAAGUGCAUAUGGAAUAUUGCCCAAAAAACAUAUAACCUACGGGUAAAGUGGGUUAAUCAUCUAUAUAUAAAAGAAGAAUCUGCGUGGGACUAUGAAGCACCUCAGGACAACAACUGA